GCUGGCACUGACAUCAUGAUGCGUCUAUUUUGUAAACCCUUUCGUCAGAUGAGGCUUUGAAGAUCGGUCAUUCGGCAAUGGGGAAAGUUCUAAUGCGUCCCUUGCCUAAAGCCUACCACAGGCACCACUAAACAGCGCAAACAUAACACUUUCAUCCCACCCAACCAUUAGUGCCCACAAAACAACACCACACUAUCAGAGAAUAACCCUUUAUCGAAGCCGGACCAAACACAAUGAAAAUACUACUUCCCGCUUUGGCAACCUUAUUCCAUGUUCACGCCUUCCCCCACUCACAGAACCAAAUUUUCGCGUCAAACACCACCUGGCAGAUAUCUCUAUAUCAAAACCGGCAAUGCACCGGCGAAGAAACAUCUUUCUCUGGAAACGGAACAUUGUCCUGCCACGAUUCAAUCCUCAACGGCGGUUCCUUGGGCUACAUAGCAGCGACAAUGGGAAGUGGCUCGAAUUGUUCCGUGCAGGUUUUCAACGAUACAACAUGCAGUCAGACCAUUGAUGUUGCGGGCUUAGGGACCUGUCAGACUCCGGUUCUGCAGGAGGACGUGCUGAUUCGGGGGAUCUCUAUUUCCUGUUAGUUUUGACACAUCUUGACUGGGUCAAGGCUUGAGGGUCUUUUUAAUACUCAGAUUCUUUCUCUGCCUUUUUUUUUCCUUCUAUCGCAUUUCAUUAUCUCCUUUCUUCUCAUUUUGAAUGCGAUCUGUGUUAGCAAGCCACGGUUGUAACCUCCUGUUACUUUGACGAGUCCUAUGAUCAAUGACAAUCUACAAACGAUUAUACUAAA